AUGGCCGUCAAGGAAGAGAGUGACAUCACGGAGGCCUGGCUGGUAAAUGAUGCCAAGGCGCUCGGCAUCAUCGCUCAAGGCGUUGAGACCCAGCACCAGACCAAGAUUCCGUCGGCUACGCGCGCCAUGGAAGCAUGGGGAACCCUCCGCGAUUUCUACAAUCGCUCGACUCCCCACAACCGUGUGGUGAUGACUCGUCGACAGCACGAGUUCAAGACGGAAAGUGGGACAAGCAUAACAGAGCAUAUGGACUCUUUUAAUGAGCUGGUAGUGGGACUCCAGACUACGGGAGAGCCAGUUGAUGAUUCACGUCAACUGGUGUUCCUUUUCAGCAGUCUGCCGUCAGGGUAUGACUUAAUUUUGGCGAUUGUGGAGAAUGCGAAGGAUAUCACGUUGAUUAAAGUCAAGGAGAAGCUGCUUAAGGAAUCGGGGAAACUUCAAAAGAAAGAAGCUACGGAGAAAGCGUUUCGCGUUAAUGGAAACGCUAGAAGAUUCAAAGGUGGACGUGACAAUGGACUGAUGGGUAGUCCUUUACGCAAUCGGGGGAUUAAAGGGCAAGUGUUUUAA